UUUCUCGAGCCCCAACCUUCUUUACUCACCUAUGCUGGCAUGCCUCUCUCUCCCUCUCUCUCCUCUGCUAUUGUGCAGUCAAGUUCUAAAGUUAAAUUUUAUAUAGAUAUUUUCUACUAAUAGUUCAGUUUUUAAGGAUAACAUUUCCAUUAAGGCACAAAUUCUAACUCCAUCUAUUAUUAGUAUAUUUUCUCACCACCCUCUUCCUGUCUGGUUUAUUUGUCACUAGCAACCAGUGUUGAACUUGCUGAGCUGAGCCUCAGAGAAAGAUGGAAACAGGUCCUGAGUUGCUGCAAAACUCCAUCAACAUCUGCAUUCUUGUCUCAAAAAAGAGGAAUGGUUUCACUCACAACAAAAUCCAACUUGAGAAAACAACAAAGGCACAUUUCACCAAGUAAGAACCUUUCUCACUCCAUCUUCUUCUGAAGGAAAAAAAGCUAAACCCCAACUCUGCAUUUGAGAUAAGGAUUAUCCACACAAAAAUGGGAUGUGUUGCCUCCAAACUAGAGGAAGAAGAGGAAGUUGUAGCUAUGUGUAGAGAGAGAAAGCGCCAGCUGAAGCUUGCUGUGGAGAAGAGGUAUGAACUUGCAGAGGCUCAUUGUAAGUAUUUCCACUCUCUGAAUGCAGUAGCUGCAGCCAUUAAGCUCUUUGUUGCAAGACAUUCUUCACCCUCUUCAACUUUCCUCAUAACUUUCCCUCCUUCUUGUCCUUCUACCUCUCCUCUGCAUCCAACUGAAAAUGCUGUGAUAAACAACCCCAUGUUCCUUCAGCAGACACCCUCAGAAACCAAGCAUGAAGCCAUUAAUGCUUGUGAGUCAUGCAUCUCUUCAACAACCUCAGAGUCCUCUGAGGAAGAGAGUGGAGGAAAAGGGGAGGGUGGAGAAGAGGAAUGUAGGAGAGAAGAGCAAGAUGGGUACUACUACAUGCAUAUGCCUCAUCCUAUGCACAUGCCACCUUCAAUGCCAUCCCCACAGAGAGAUUUUGGGUGGGAUUUCUUCUACCCUUUUGACAGAUUUGACAGUGUGAGGACAGAGGUUAUGAAUGGCUACCACAGGAACUCAGAUGAUGAUCUGAGAGUGGUGAGAGAGGAGGAAGGGAUUCCAGAGCUAGAGGAGGCAGUGGAAAGGGAAGAGCUUGAGAACAAGGUGAUGAAGGGUGUAGAAGAAAAUAAUAAAGAUGCAGAGCAAGUUAAGGCUGGUGUUGAAACAGUGAAGGUGGUGGAUGUUGCUACUGAAAACAUUGGGGAGCAGAAUGGGCUUGCAGUUCUUGAUACACCAGCGGAGGGGAGAGAGUUGCUUGAAGCUUUGGAACAUAUUGGGGAACAUUUUGUCAGUGCUUAUGAAUCUGGUAAUGCUUUAACCAGGAUGCUGGAGGCUAAUAGGAUUCCUCUUCAUUCUAGUUUGGAGGAGAUAAAAGAAAGUUCGACAAAGCUCAUUCAUGCAAUAACAUGGAAGUCCAUGUCAUCCAGGUCAUCAUCAUGCAAGAGUCUCAUAGUUCCAAAUACAGGAAAUUCCUCAUCAACUUGGGUGGAAUAUAAAAAUGACUUAUUUGAUGAUCAUGGAGGAAUGGAUUCGGGAAGUCAUUUACUUACCUUAGGAAGGUUGUAUGCAUGGGAAAAGAAACUGUUUGAGGAGGUUAAGGCUGGAGAUAGCACGAGGAAAAAUUAUGAGAAAAAAUGCACGCAGUUGAGAAACAAGAAUGUUAGAGGAGAUGAUGAAUUAAGCACAGACAAAACUAGAGCUGAAAUGAAAGAUCUAUAUGCUGGGAUCUUAGUUGCCAUUCGACGUGCAGAGUCCAUCUCAAAUAGAAUUCAGAAAAUGAGAGAUGAAGAAUUACAGCCUCAAAUUGUUGAACUAUUAAAAGGCCUGACUCAAUCAUGGAAUAUCAUGUUGGAGUCCCAUGAAACCCAGAAGAAGAUUCUUUCUCAAGUCAAAUAUUUCCAAUGCUCUGUACAAGGUAAGUUCUGCAACCAAUCUCGCGGAUUGGCAACUCUUCAGCUUGAAGCUGAGCUUCACCAUUGGCGCGUGUGCUUCAGAGAGUACAUUGCUGCUCAAAAAGCAUAUGUUGAAGCUCUUCAUGGAUGGCUAAGCAAGUUCAUAAUCCCUGAAGUUGAAUUCUACUCAAGAAGCAAAAAUGUUGCUUUGCCAUUUCAACAAGCCAAUGGGCCACCACUACUCGUGAUAUGCAACGGUUGGUUAGCUUCCCUGCAGAAGUUACCUGAUAAAAUGGUAUCACUUGCAUUGAAAAGUGUUGUGAAGGAUGUUAGAGCUCUUAUGCGCCAGCAAAGUAAAGAGCAGCAGCAGAAAAGGAGAGUAGACAGCUUAACAAAAGAUUUGGACAGAAGAUCUUCAGGGUGGCAUAAAAUGAAGACUAAGAUGCUUGAGUUGCAAAUCACAGAGCACAAAUCAGAAGAAGGAACAGAUCAUCAAGAUGAAUGCAUGGUGGAGAAGAAUGAUUACUUGGAGACACUACAAAGGAAAGUUGAGGUAGAGAAGGAGAAGUACUACAGUUGCAUGCAGGAAACUCAGAGGGUCACAUUAGCUGGAUUGCAAUCUGGGUUUUCUCUAGUCUUUGAAUCAUUAACAGAGUUUUCCAAAGCAUCCCAAAAAAUGUACAAUGAUCUUGUUUCUUAUAGUGAAAGUAGUGAGAAGGUUGAGUAUAUAGAGGGUGGUUGCAAUGCUGAAAAUAACAGCCAAAAUGGACUGUAGUAUUGUAUUAGUGAGGGGAGAGAAAUAUUAGUGGAUUGGGGUAGUUUUAUCAUUUAUGUAACUAUGUUAUUGUGUGAUAGUGUGUUGAAGCAGCUCGCUGAGACACCAUUUUAAGGUAUUAGUUGAUGGAGUGUUGUUAGUAUUUGUGUUAUUGCAGAGACUCCACUGUGUUGUAGGUUUUCCUUUUUAUAAUCUAUUACACAGUUUAAGUUAGUUAUAUAAAUUUAGUAAGUAUGAGAAAAGUUACACUUUCACUACAUUAGAACUUCUUACCACGACAUAUAUGUUGGUCUUUCUUUGAA